AUGACGCAGGAGAGCUUCCUCGUGCUCCAGAAGGAGAACCAUGCCCUCCUGCGUGAGAACAACGCGCUCCAUCUCGAGCUCAUUCGGUGCCAGGAAGAGCUUGAGGCCAAGGCCACGGUCAUGACCACGCUGGAGAAGGACAUGGACCACCGCGUCCAAGAGCUUACGUUCCUCAACGCGCAAAAGUCGCAGCAGCUGCAAAAGAAGGACACGGAACUGCAAAAGCUCUACGCCCAGCUCCAGCGCUUCGAGGCCAAGCCCGGCGACGAUACGUCGAUCGAGAUGAAGAGACAGCUGCCCGAUGCCAAGCGCACGCAGGCGCCCGCGCCGCCCGUACCCGACGUCUCUGGUGAUGAUGCAUGGCAGCGGCAGUUCCAGAGCUUGAGCGUGGACAACAAGGCGCUUCAUCACCAAGUGCAGCAGCUCGAAGCCCACAUUGUGUCGCGCGAAGCCGAGAUUGACCGGCUUGGGAACCUGCUAAAGGACGGUCACCAGUCCAAGAACUUUGCCGAGAUCAAGGCCAUGUACGAUAUGGAAGCCUACCACCUUGAGCAGCAGCUCGAGCAUGAGCAGCUGCUGCAUCAAGUCGAUCUCCUCAACGAGCAAGUCGCCAAGUACGAGCGCAAGCUCCACGCGUCCAAAGAUGAAGUCGACCACGCCAAGUACACGACCCAGCAGCUUACACUCGUGCAAGAUCAGAACCGACAAUACCUGCACGAGCUCGAGACGACGACGCGUGCACUCCAAGCGCUCGAGGCCGAGCACGCCUCGUGCACAACGUCGUACGACGAGCAAGCGCAGGCGCUCGCGAAGCUCGAGCUCGCGCUCUCCAACGCCAACGACCAAAUCGCCACGCAAAAAGCUCGGAUUGCGGCGCUCGAGAAUACCAUGACGUCGUCGUCGUACGACAAGGUAGCGUCGUCGCACGCCGUGUCUGACGCUCAGGCGCAAGCCUCUGCGAGCGCGUCAGAGCUAGCUCAGCUGCGACCCAAGGUCCUCGCGUUGCACACCAAGGUGAGCGAGCUCGAGCUCGCGCGCAAGGAGCUCGUGCUCCAAAAAGAGGCCCACGAGCGCGAACUUGAGAUUCUCCGAUCCAACUUGGGACUGCAAGCAAGCGACAAGACGCGGUCGCUGGAAACAACGGCCGAGCUCUCGGCCAAGGUCGCGUCGCUAGAGGCGGCUGUCGACGAGCGGGAUGCGCAGCUGCGGCGGCGGCGCGUCGCCCAGGAAGACGCCGAGCGCCACGUCGCCGAGCUCCAAAGCCGCAUCGAGUCCCUCCUGCAGACCCAGCGCGCGCUCCAAGCGCGUGUGGACGACGAGACACGCGAGCGUCAAGUUUGCACGACCUCCAACCGUCAAGACGAAAUCGAUGCGCUGCGCAAAGACAAGGUGCAGCUCGACGUGCAGCUCGCGUCCAGUCGCGAGGCGCUUUUGGCCAACGACGCGCGGGUGCGCGAGGCCGAAGCGCAGGUCGAACUUGUGCACCAGCAACUACAGCGGUCGCAAGCCGAGACGGCCGACGUGACCAAUCAGCUUAAGCGCCUCAAGGCCGACGCGAUCGAGUACCAGGAAACGGCCAUGCGGCUCGAGCUCCAGUGCAAUGAGGCGAGCCGGCAGCUCGAGUGGUACAAGCAAGUCCAGCAAGAUCAAGUCAAGGGCAAGCAAGACAGCGUCAUCUUUCAGCAGCGCUGCCAAGCCGCGCUGCUUGAGAAGACGCAGGCCGAGACGCAAGUCGCCGCGCUCACAGCGUCGCAGUCGAUGCUUCGCAAGCAGCUCGAAAAGACGCAAGACGACCUUCGGGGUGCGCACGACCAGCUAGCUCAGCUGCGACUAGAGCUCGACGAAGAAGCGCGCGCAGUGGCGACCGCAGGUGCUGAUGCGUCGGCGGCGCAGCAAGGGAAGCUGUAUUUCAAGACCGAGUUUGAGCGCGUCUCGGACGAACUUUCCGAGUGCGCAGCAACGCUGCAACAGGAAGAGCGAUCGCACCAUGCGACGCGGCAGCUGCAUGCGCAAGUGGCGCGGCAGGUCCAGGACCUCACAGCGCAGCUUCACCGCGCGCAGGCUAAGAGUAGCCAACUGGAGCAGCAGCUCGAGCAAGCCAAGGCGACGCGGUCCGGUCUCGAGCGGCAGUGGACGCUGGCCAAGGAGGACGGACAGACGCACGCGGCACGCUGCGCGUCGCUCGAGGUCCAAGUCAAGCGACUUGGCGAGGAGACGGCGCAACUUUCGGAGCGCGCGCUCGUCCUCGAACAAGACAAGACCCAGCUCCGUCACUUGCUGCACGAGAUGGAGCACUCGCGUGACGCACUACAGCUGCAGUCCAAGCAAGCGCAGCUCGACGCGUCGUUCCAGGGCCAGAAAACGUCUCAAGUCCACGCUCUUGUCGACGAUCUCCGCGCCACAGUGGCGGCUGCGAACGCAGAGAUCGCGCAUCUGAAAGACGUCGUCCAGACGCUCGAUGCCGAGAACGACAGCCUCCACAACAGCGUCGACCUCAAGACCGAGUCGGCCGAUGCGCUCACGCAGCAGCUCCACGCGUCCCAAGAAGAGUACACCCGACUGCGACUUCACGUGCAAGACUGCGAGCAACAGCUGAGCAAGCUCGAGCACGCACUGAACGCCAAGGAAGACGAAGUGUCGUUUCUCCAAAAGCAGCUCGACGCAACAUCAACCGCGCUUUCCAAAGCGACGGACGACGUGAGCUUGCGCGCCGCCGAGCACGUGGCGCUGCAGCAGGAUCUGCAGCACAUGACGGUCGAGAACCAAUCACUCUCGAACGAAUGCACCAAGCUGCACUUUGAGCUCGACCAAGUUGAAGAAGACCAUCGCGCAUUGCAUGCGCACGUGCGCACGGUUGAGCGCGAGCGAGAUUCUUUACAGAUCGAGCUCGACGACGUCAAGCAGUCGUACCGCGCGGCCGUGCUCGAGAUGGACGCCCUCGACACGACGCGGCAGCAGCUGAGCCACCGUCGCGAAGAGACAAGUGCGAUCAACGACUCGCUUCGCAAGCAGAUGCAGUCGGUGCUGUUGGAGAAGGAGGCCGCGACGCAGCACGUCGCUGAGCUUCGCGCCGAGCGAACGAUUCUCAUGGAUCAAAUCAAGCAGCUCUCGUUGCAACUCGAGCGGUCGGCAGAACAAGCCGAGGAAGCGUCGCGGUCCCAGGCCAUGCUCCAAGGGGCGCUGUCGUCGCAACACAAUGUCGCCUCGGAGCUCGCGUCCGAGCGGUUUGAGACGGUGGCGCAAAAGUCGAGCCUCCAGCAAAAGCUCAGCCACGUCCAAGCUCGGCUCAACCAUGCCCUGCACGACAAGACCGAGCUCUCGCAGCAGGUGGCAUCGAUAUCGUCUGAAAAAGCCAAGCUCGAGUCGCUCUUGCAGUCGCUCCGCGUUCAGAUGGCGACGACCCAAGGGCAGCUCGCCGACGCGCGGGAAGAACGCGAGGCCAUGGCGGCGCAGUUGCAAGUGUACCAACAGCAGCAACCCAGUCCUGUUUCGCCCUUGUACGUCGCGUCGUCAGUGGGCCGGGGCACACCGCCGUCGCUGCCCCGGAGCACGCCCUCGUCCGGGUCACGCGCCUCGUCCAACUUUAUGGCCGAAGCCGAAGCACGCUGCAAAGCGCUGGAAGAUCGACUGGCCAAGCAAGAUGCGACGAUUCAGCAACUGGAACAUUCGCGCACCAAGUUUCGCAAGUUUGCAGCCAAGUACGAGAAGGAGCUCGACGAGCGGGACCGCGUCAUUGAUGAGCUCCGAUCGUCGAUGCGCUCGUCGCACCGGUACUACAGCGACGACGAAGAGACCAAGACCCCAUAACUCUCUCGUUCGCUCAAGUCGACGACUCGUAUUUAAGACACUUACCAUUUAAAUAUCUAGUGCAUAGUUUAGUCCUG